UCGGUUGUGGGAAGUUGCCAUUUAAAUACACAAGGAGCAUCAUGGCGGACAGUUGGGAGAGCCCCUCUUCACAAGCGAAGGUCAGCCCGACGGUGAGGCGCUGCUCCUGCUGACCGGACCAGCCUGUGACUUCUCUCACACAAAACCGCACACAUCACCCUUCUCCAGCCCGACCUUCACCCUCCAAGCCGCCCGUUUCCAACCGAGUUGAGAGGAAUAUGUCUGAAAAUUGUCAAUCAUAUUGCAACAGAAAUGCCUUAGGGGUGUUGUUGGAGUAAAGCCAAGCUGCUUACAUGUCCCCAAGAUGAGUGGAAUGGGCGAAAAUUCCUCUGACUCUGCGAGAUUAGAUUCAAGAAAACGCAAGGAAUCACCAUGUGACCACCCACGACCAAGUCCUAAACGUAGCACUGAGAAACGUCAUCGGGAGCAAGAGAAUAAAUAUAUCGAGGAGCUUGCUGAGCUGAUAUUUGCUAAUUUUAAUGAUAUUGACAACUUCAACGUAAAACCAGACAAAUGUGCAAUCUUGAAAGAAACUGUGAAACGAAUCCGUCAUAUAAAAGAGCAGGAAAAGGCUGCUGCAAAUGAAGAUGUGCAAAAGGCUGAUGUGUCCUCCACGGGUCAAGGUGUCAUUGACAAGGAUGCACUGGGACCAAUGAUGCUCGAGGCCUUGGAUGGAUUCUUUUUUGUGGUCAAUCUUGAAGGACACAUCGUGUUUGUUUCUGAGAAUGUGACCCAGUACCUGAAAUACAACCAGGAAGAGCUUAUAAACUCCAGUGUAUAUAGCAUACUACACGUUGGUGACCAUGCGGAGUUUGUGCGAAAUCUUUUGCCCAAGUCUCUUGUAAAUGGGGUGCCUUGGUCCAAUGAAACUCCAAAACGGAACAGCCACACUUUUAACUGUCGUAUGUUGGUUAAACCACCUCGCAACACUGAAGAGGAAGGGCAUGAUAACCAGGAAGCACCUCAGAAAUAUGAAACUAUGCAGUGUUUUGCUGUAUCUCAACCAAAGUCCAUAAAAGAAGAGGGAGAAGAUUUGCAGUCCUGCUUGAUCUGUGUUGCAAGGAGAGUCCCUAUAAAGGAAAGACCACAAUUUGCUAACACUGAAAGCUUUACAACAAGACAUGAUUUAACAGGCAAACUAAUAUCUCUUGAUAUAAAUGCAUUACGUGCAUCAAUGAAACCAGGUUGGGAAGACUUGGUGCGAAGGUGUAUUCAAAGAUUUCACCUGCAAAAUGACAAAGAGAUUGCAUUUGCUAAGAGGCAUCACCAUGAAGUGUUAAGGCAAGGACAGGCUCUGAGUCCCGUGUAUCGGUUUUCGUUGUCUGACGGCACUAUGGUUGCAGCACAAACAAGGAGCAGGCUUAUGCGCACUCCAAAUACCAAUGAGCCUCAAUUUAUCAUGUCACUGCAUGUUGUUCAAAGAGAACAAAAUGUUUGUGGGAUGAAUCAGGAAGCAACUGGACAAGGAAUGGUGAAGCCGACAAAUCCGAGUUCCGGUAGUCCAGCCAUGGCAGGGGUUUCUGCUGCAACAACUGGCCAGGAGAUGACGAUGAGCAGCAAUGCAAGCUUCUCCAUGAAUGGUCUGAAGGAACAAACAGGAAUGGGACAGAUGCCAGGAAACAGGUUUGUUACAGGUGGAAUGAACCACGUAUUGGGCAUGCAAGCAGCCACUCCUCAGGGUAGUAACUAUGCACUCAAAAUGAACAGCCCGUCAAGAAGCAGCCCUGGUGUAACUGCAGGGCAGCAGACUUCCAUGCUUUCACCGAGGCAUCGUGGAAGUCCUGGAAUGGUUGGAAGCCCUCGCAUCUCAGCUAACCAGUUUUCUCCCAUAGGAAACAUGCAUUCUCCAGUGGGAGUUUGCAGCAGCACAGGGAAUAGCCAUAGCUACUCCAGCAACUCCCUUAAUGCACUUCAAGCCCUCAGUGAAGGCCAUGGGGUAUCACCUGAACUAAAAGUGGUGACUUCACAAAAUUCUCCUGGAGCUAUCAGUUCUUCGUUGGUUAAAAAGGGGAGCAUGGAUUCCAAAGAUUCUUUUGGAUUGUUGAGUGAUCAAGUCCAAGCAGAUAACGCAACUGGACAGUCGGACAGUGGACUUUCUGGAGAGCAGAAAGAUAGCAAUGAAAGUAAUUUAAAUCCGUUUGGUGGUGAAAGGACUGAUGGGCAAAACAGGGGGCAUGAUGGCAAAAGCCACACUAAACUCUUACAAUUGCUGAUCACUAAAUCUGAUCAAAUGGAAUCUUCCCCUUUGCCAAGUACCACUGGGGAUUCUGUUAAGGACUCUACAGGAAAUUCGUCAGGACUACUGUCUACUUCAGCAGUGACGUCAUCCACAACCAACACCUCUUCAUCACACGGGCCCUCACUGAAAGAAAAACACAAAAUUUUGCACAGACUUCUGCAGGACAGCACCUCUCCUGUAGACUUGGCAAAGCUGACAGCAGAGGCCACAGGUAAAGAACCCAACCAGGACAUGAACAGUUCAAUUCCUGGUGCAGAAAUAACUGUUAAACAGGAGCAAAUGAGCCCCAAGAAGAAAGAAAAUGCACUACUUCGUUAUUUACUGGAUAAAGAUGAUACAAGUAUGCAUAAUAUUAAGCCUAAAAUAGAACGGCUGGAUAGCAAGUUAGAUUCCUGCAUGAGCACUAAAACAGCCAUGAAGUCUGAAAAGGAGAUUAACUUUGAGCCAUCUGAACAGCAGAUCAGCAGUGACUUGGAUAACUUAGAAGAAAUUCUUGAUGACCUGCAGAACAGUCAGUUGCAACAGCUUUUCCCAGACUCGAAGACGGCACCUGCCAGUGGGCCAGUUGACAAGCAGACCAUCUUCCAAGACCUUCUGCAAAUUGGCAAUGAAAAUGUCUCUGCACCACCUCUGGGAACGCAGAACCCAUUACCUGGGAUGCUGCAAAACACUUUCAACAAUCCUCGAGCUAUACAGCCAACAAGACUGCAACUACAGGGUCGAUCCUCAGCAUUGGAUGUGCACGUGCAAAGUCAGACAAGUGCAGGACCAUUCCCACCAAUGCGAAAUAGUGGUCCAUAUGCAGUAAUGUCACAGCAAGUGAUGGGUAAUCAAGGGAUGUUGGCAAGUCAAGGAAAUUUAGCAGCCAAUACAGGACUGGUCAGUAACAUGGGAAGUGGUGCCCCUCGAUCCAGCAUGGCUUCUGCAGACUGGGGUCAAUCAAGCUCUGCUGCCAAUACCACGGGUAGCACAGGAUCAAACACAAUGACCAGGGCGACAUUGCAAGGUAGUAUGAUAUGCAAUCCUACACCUGGCAUUCCAAUGAGACCGAGCAGUCAACCUGGUCAGAGACCGAUGAUCCAGACACAAAUGAUGGGGUCAUCUGAAAUUGAAAUGGGUAUGGGAGGUCCUCCAUACAGCCAGCAGCAAGCACCACCAAACCAAACAGCACCUUGGCCAGACAGUAUAAUGCCUAUAGAACCAGGGCCCUUCGUCAAUCAAAAUCGUAGGCAAUCCUACAGCAGUUCUCAAGAUGACCUACUUUGUCCAUCUAUUCCCAUGGAAACUCCUAACGAUGAAGGCACAAUUCUGGAUCAGCUGCGUUCAGCAUUAAAAAAUAUUGAUGAACUUGGCCUGGAGGAAAUUGACCGGGCUUUGGGAAUACCUGAACUGGUUAUCCAGAGCCAGACUGUGGAUCACCAGCCGGAUUCAUUCGCAAGCCAGAAAUCUGCAAUGAUGGUAGAAAAGCCUCAAGUUUAUAAUCAGCCAUUUGGUUCUCAGACUACGGUAGUACAGGGGAGCUACUCCAACAUGCAAGACCCCAAUUUUCAUUCUUUGGCUACUCAAGUGGGACAGCGACCAGGCUACUCAAUGUUACGUAUGCAACCAAGGCCUGGAUUAAGGUCUCCUGGUAUGGUACCCAACCAGCCCAAUCAGCUUCGGCUUCAACUGCAGCAAAGACUUCAAGGGCAACAAAUGAAUCGUCAGCCAUUAAUGAAUCCACUUACCACCGUCUCCAACAUGAAUCUACCUCUAAGAGCGAGUGUGCCACCACAGAUGAGUAGUCAGGGACCUAUUAAUGCACAGAUGCUAGCCCAGAGACAGCGUGAGCUUUUGAAUCAGUAUCUGCGUCAGAAACAGUUGGUGCAGCAGGUACCACAGAGGACCAUGAUGAUGCGACAACAGGGGUUGAACAUCUCACCAAACAUGGCAAACUCGAACAACAUGGCAGGAGCCAUGACCACUCCUCGGAUUCCUCAGGCAUCACCACAACAGUUCCCAUACCCUCCAAACUAUGGUACUGGGCUUACUUCCCCACCACCUUCCACCAGUCCUUUCUCCCCGGUGUCCCCAAAUCCAGGGACACAGCUCCUCUCUCACAGCUCCUUGCAUGGCUCCCAGAUGAAUAUGGCUAACCAGGGAAUGAUAGGAAAUGUGGGAGGACAGUUUGGGGCUGUAUUGAGUCCCCAAAUGCAGCACAAUGCCUUCCAGUUUCCCAGUUCAGGAAUGAAUCAGCAGUCUGAUUCAGGAUUUGGUGGAGCGACAACUCCCCAGAGCCCGUUAAUGUCGCCAAGGAUGAGCCAUACGCAGAGUCCAAUGAUGCAACAGUCUCAAUCUACGCCGACUUACCAGUCACCUUCUGAACUUAAUGGCUGGCCACAGGGGAAUCUAAAUGGAAACAGCAUGUUUUCACAGCCAUCCCCGCCACAGUUUGGACAACAGGCAAACACCAACAUGUACAGCAACAAUAUGAAUAUCAGUGUUUCUAUGGCAACCAAUACUGCCGGUAUGAGCAACAUGAAUCAGAUGUCAGGGCAGAUUAGCAUGACCUCAAUGACCUCUGUGCCUACAUCAGGAUUAUCCUCUAUGGGUGCUGAACAGAAAUAUUGCUGACCCUCAGGAUUGCUAUUCCUCCCUCUUCAACAAGGUUCAUGUGUUUGCUGAUGUACAGUGCAAGAUCACGUUUAGGUGGCAACCCAACAAACAAACUCCUCCAGAUCAAGCCAAGAAAAGUACAGCAGCCAAUUGAACACUCAGCCAGGCUUAGAGAAAUUUUGUUACAAGAGUUGCUAUCGGAGAGACAGGCUCCUUAGUAGCAACGUACCUGCCUACUGAAGCUGCUUUGCCCAUUAAUUGCAUUCACCAUAAGUGUGACUUAAGUCUGUCCUCACAAUGGAUUGACAUCGGCUUUGAACCCUGUCCGAUGAAUGUAUUUCUAUCGUCGUUUUGCAGGAUGAGCACAUAUUUGCUCUUUUGAUUUUGAUCCUCAGUGGUUGCUGACUUUUCUGCUAUUUAAUCCAAUGUGCAGGCUUUCAGCCAUGUUUUCCUCCAACAGUAUUUAGAAAUGCAGCUUCUUUUUGAAAGAUUAUGCUGUAUGUAAUUAGAAAAAGAACUUGCAAAUAAGCUUUGUGAAUGCUGUUAAAACAACAAAUUUUGGUUUUGGAAGGUAUCUAAAUGGAAUUUGACAUUAUUUUUAUGUUUUUGAUAAAACCAAAUGGGAAUAGACUUCAGGUAGGUUGUUAGUUGAUGUCAGCAAAAGAGUUUAGUGUAUUAUCUUUUUAUACCGGGGUUCUGCUCUGUGGAGUCAUGGCUUAACAUCCAGGAUGUAUGAUUUUUCUUUGGCACCAUUUUUAAUUACGACAGUUAACAAGUAGAAUGUAUCUGGUUCCGCAGACCAAGACUACCUGUUAAAUGUCCUCAGCUCCAUAGAUGCUCAUCAGUUACACAAUAACAACAUGUCCUAAAGCUACUGUUACUCAAUAACAAGAAAAAAUAAAGCACCAACACACUCUGAUCUGUUGCAAAACAGGAUGGAGCAAGGUUUUUUGACCCUUACAAUAGGCAGAGAUCCAGAAUACUUGAGCUAUCUCUCUUUUCCUUUGUCAGUUGAGAUACAGUGGUCAUGUUUUCACACUGGCUAUUACAGGAGCAGCUGGCUUCUUCCAGUGUAACAACCUAGGGAAUUCCCCACAAAACAAAGACAGGAGCUUUUCAAUCUCAAGCAAUUAAUCUGUCUCAGCAAAACUCCUUCAUUCCACCAUCCCCAUAGCAGCAGAAUUGCCCACAAAAGUAUUUGUUUUCAUCUGUUUGUAAACUCAUGGCCACUCUGCCAUUGCAGAAGCAGCACCAAUAGUUCUGUCUUUAACCAGUUCCACAUUCCUGGUCAUACAACAGUAGUUCGUCUGUUCUGACAAAAUGUCACUGGACUCCUUUUGCGCCAAGCACUGAUUUUCCAUCAUCCCUCUUUCCACGCUUGAUUCCUUGUCUUUCUGUCCCUUUUCUCUCCAGUAGCUACUCAUCUUUCUGAGACUAUACUCCUUUGCAUCAGUUAAACGGCUGACUGUUCAAGGAGUAACAAGCUCUCUUCUCUGUCCACCAGUGUAUGCAUUUUUGUAACAUAAUCCUGCAGGCCAGACUGAUUGUGAUUUGGAAUCCAGGUGCAUCACUAAAAGCUGCCAGGUUCUUCUUCACCACGAGCACUUUGAGAUAAUUCUGCAAAGAUGAAAUACUGAAAACAAAGCUAAAAGUUAUUUCUUCUCUCCCUUCUAUUUUUAUAGUAUGUUGCUUACACAUUUUUAUAGUUUUUAUACAGCCUAGCAUGUGUUAUUUGUGUAGAAACUAUUGUAUUGUGGCUCUCUUGCAUGAAGAUGAGGAAAGAUUACUGGCUCAAUGUGUAACAACUCCAGAGGUAGUGCAGAAAUCGUAAAACUUGGCGAUGAUGACAAAAAUUUAUUUUUGCUGAAUUUCUAAAUAGAAAGGAUAAUCAGUGGAAAUCUACGCUGAUUCACAAUGACUUAAUGAUGAAACUCAUUCAUCUGAAGGACUAUUACUGUUCUUUCCAGUGCAUAACACUCUUCUAUAACUGUCCCUGAGCAGUUAAUUCGACCUCUGGCACCAGACAGCCAGGAACAGUGGGUUUAAGAUGCUUGUAAUUUUUCAGUUGUGACCAGGAAAAUUACUUAUCAUUUGACUAGAUUUACAGUAACCUGAGUGAUCUAAAAACCUUCAUGUAUAUAGAGUCAAUAAUGUACUAUUUUUGGUUAUGUUUCGGAUCCCUCCCUGCUAUUCCUCUAUCUACAAACACCCACAAACCAUUCCAGUUUAGAUGGAGUGUUUCAGAAGGCACAUCCCUUGCUGCUGGAUGAAGAAACUAGUCUCUGAGAGGCAGGUUCAGCUGCCACAAGCGAAACUACCAGCUGUUUUCAUGGGUUUAUCAUUCUCAGCAUUGGCAUCUGUUGCAAUGCCAAUAUAGCCAGUCUUUGUUGUGUUGGUACAUGCCAGCCUGCAGGAGGUGUCGUCAUUCUCCAUAUCAGCUAAUAUAAUCUGAGUGCAGUAAUCAAUGUGUAGAGUCUUCAUAAUGUGCUUGCAAACAUGGCUUUAGACAUACCACCCAUCGUUUGGCUUCAGCCUCCUCACCCUAUAGGAAGUCCUUGGUUUUACAACAUCUUCCAACAUUUGGAUGUGCCCAAGCUGACAAAGUCCCCUCUGAAUGCAGACUUUGGAGGUUUGCUUUUUGAGAGGAUUGCCACUUUUGUGGGUUAUUUUUGUCCUGAUUGGAUAAAGUAUAAUGAACAGCAAAGACGGAAGUUCUUUAACUUCUUGCGCCCAGUGAAGUGGUUUAAGUUUUAGUGCCAUAAACAAAUGCAAUUUAAAAUAAUCAUUCUGGUGACCUACGUCAAUAUGUUUGGAAUUUAAGGUUUUGAUGUGUUUCUCUUGAAGUAUAUGCCUGCAGUAGAUAUGAUUUUUUUUUUAAAUUCUGCAUUUAUUUUGUAGCCAAUGUGAAAUAUUGGGUUUGAGAGAUUAUGAAGUUUAACUGGCAUGUAAGAUAAACAUUUUAGUAUCACCAAUUUCAUUUCGGCAAAUGAAUCAAAACAAUUUAAAAUUGAUCUGAUUAAAAUGAAACUCUACAGAGUAGAUUACCUCCACAACAUUAUCUUAUCUAAGUGUGUUAGUCCAGAUCAUUUUUGAUGCCAGAUGUAUAAAUCAUAAACACAGACUAUAGCCCUGUGUGUAAGUUUUCUUUGACUAAUGAAAUUCAUCUUUACAGUCAUGACUGUGCUACUGGUCUGUUUAGUUGAGUUUACUUGCAUAAGUAUUCAUGGGAUAGUAAAGCUUGUAUUGUGAACCAUAAAAAUAAGGUAUUGGGGCUGUUCAAGUUAGUGUUCUAAAUAGUUUAUUGUUCAUUAUAGCUUUAUAAUGCUGUGGGAUCAGAGAAUAUAGGCGUUUUUGUUAGCUGCAGAAACCCAGUGCUUCAGUACGAUUUCCUAAAGUCAUUGGCAGUUUCUAGGCGCAAAAUGCGGCAGGUCUAGGAUUAGAUGCCACCACAACUAACAAAACACAAAUAGCCAUAAGGUUUUCAAAUGGUAGAAUAUUUUGUAAAUUAAAACAGGAUGACUUUUGGAAAGCAUUUGGGUAUAUAAGCAUCUGAUGUGUGUAACCAAGCAAUAACUUUUACUUGAGAGCAUAUGUUUUACAUACUUGUAGAAUUUUGAUGAAGUAAAGUUCUUAAGUUGAUUCAAAGUGAGGUACAACAGUAUUAUGUUAGAUACCUUGGUAGCAGCCUCUCUCUCUCUUAUUGUACAUAAAAAAAAUCAUGAUGCCUUGAUAAGUAGCUAUGAAAUUUGUUUAAGUAACAUUGGUGAGGCCAACAAAUUACCUGGUGGUUCUCAUAGAUAGUGAGCAACCAUUUUUAGUUUUCCAAAAUGUACAGAUAUCAAGCCGAAAUCCCAAGCGAACUGCUACACUGAUCUGCAUAGUUUCUCUCAGUCUAAUAGUUUGAUUAGAAUUGGAAGACUUUGUGAAUAAAUUAGAAGUAGGUGCUUAGUUUAUUAAGCUGUUUUGGGACCUGAUGAUUUUGUAUUUGUGUAUCAGGCUACAAUGGAACAAGCUGUCAAUAUUGGCCCAGUACAAACACUGAUCAUAUUGAUCACUGUAGAGAGAGUAAAUAACUGGCCUGUUUUUGCCUCAACAGUUGCUUUUAGGAAGAAGUUCUACCACAUCUCACAACUCAGAUCAUUCAGUUAAUGAAGAACUGUGUUAUUUCUGUGUUAAAAUAACAUCAUUGUGUUUCAGACUGCUUUAGUAUGAUAUAGCUUUAUGUAAAUACUGCUGUGAAUUAGGAAAGUUUUCUGAAAUGCAGGCAUUUAAUUUUGCAGAAUUAGAGCCUAGACCUUUGCAUUUGUGUCUAUGGGAACAUUAUGUAAAACCUAACAAGAAGUUUUCUGUAUUUAUUCUCUUUUAUAUCUAUGCUUUAUCUUGAUAGACAUGGUUUACAACUGGAUGUGUCACUGUUGGAAUUGUGAAAAUGAUAAAUCUGCUGUUGCCCACAGACCCAAAAGAUUUUUAAAACAGAAUUUCUGGUAAAAGUGAGAACAUGUAUGUCAUGUGGUCAUUUAAACUCUGUAUAGUGUGACCUCAAUUUAUAUCUUCUGUAGAUUUGAAUGCGUCAAGGUCUAUUCUCUUGGAAAGUGAGGGUGCAUGGGAGCUACUUUUAUUACGAAGCAACAUCUCUCUGAUUGCAUUAUGUUCAAUCUAUAACAUUUUCCUCUUUUAAAAAAAAUUAAAGUAAUGAUGCAAAAUUAACAUUAAGAACUAUGUAUUGUGAUGCUGUACAUUGCAAACAAGCAGGGCUGUGUAGCUCCGUUUGCAAAAUCCAAAGAUUUCACUGAGUUGAUUUUAAAAUACAGCUAAGCCAUGGUAUGUUGGUGUGGUUGAACAUCAUUUUAUAGUAUUUCUACACAAUUGAUUGUUGACUGGAUGCAGACACAUUCUCUGUACAAACUAUUCUAUGGAUUUUCAAUUUGAUAGGCACUUCCUGUCUACUUUUUUCAUUUAGAGCUUGAACUUGUUUUGUAAAACCUUGUCAAUUUCUUAGUACAGUGCAGGAAACUCAAAUGCUAUAACUUAGCAUAAUGCCUUAGAUAUGUUUUUAUGUCCUGUAUAUUCCUAGCAGCUGUUUGUUGUAUUAUAUUGUUUGUAUAGUGAAUUGUGUAAAAUUUUUGAAUGUCAUCAAUUAUUAAUUUUUUUGUCAAAUAAUAGAAAUAUCAUAGCAAUAUGGAUCCAUGGUUAUUGCUUAGUUUUUUGCAGUUAUUUUGUUACUUUGUGGUCAGUAGCGGGUCACUAUUUGUAAAAUGUAUUUUCUCCCCAGUCUCUGAGAGGUGUAUAUUGACGAAUUGCAAAUUCUAAGCAAUAUGUAAAGUAAGAUUCUUCAGAAGGCUUACAGUGUUGCAAGUUCAGAGAUGUAUUUUUUUUAGUUCACACUAAACACCUUUACUUCUUCUGGCAUCCAUGUUUGUAUCCUUAUCGUGAGCAUUUUAUGCCAAGUUAGGUAUAUUCAAAGAAACUUAAAAAAUACAUUUAUGCAAGUUGUUAACUAAUAUUGCUUUUGCUGAUGUCAUUUGCUUACUUGAUGUUAAAUAAUGCUGUUGUAAAUAAAGAAUCCUGUUAUUGCGAUGUUUAAUAAAAUUUAAUUCCUUUGAA